ACUUAUUUUAUUUUCAGUUGAUUGAUAUUAAAUGACCUUUGUUUUCAAUGUAACGGGACUGUUGGGGAACCCUCACUAUGAGCAGCACAGAGCAGAAGCACUACCUUGAUAAAGAGCUGGAUCCUUGUCUUCACUUUGACACGUACAUCGGGGCUGAUAAGACCAUUUCUAAGAAGGAGCUGCUGGAAGAGCCCCAGAGAUUUCUCUAUAAAUUAUUCUCAUCGGGUUCUGUGAAGGGUGAAACACUGAUAAUUAUUUCCAUUAGCUCCAACAUGUCUGAAAACUUUGUUGCCGCCGAUUUCUUCAAAAAUAUCAUAUUGCUGGAAUCUUCAGACUCCUCUAUUAAAGCCAUAGAGAGCUGGAUCCGAAACGAGCCCGGAGCUGUGGAACAAUCCCACGCCGCAGAGUUUGCUUGCUCACUUAAAGGGCAAAGUACUGGGCAUAAGAAGCAAGAAGAAAAGGUCAGAAAGGCAAUAAAACAAGUGGUAAAAUGGGACAUCACCAAGGAGAACCCACUGGGUGCAGUUGUGUUGCCCCAAGCAGAUUGUAUAGUCAUUGUUUAUCACUUGGAGGCCAUUUGCAAAGAUAACGAUAUGUAUAUAAACCUUCUAAAGAAAUUGUUAUCCCAUCUGAAGAUUGGAGGUCACCUGGUCAUGAUAGCAGGGAUCAACAUGUCUUAUUACAUGGUCGGCCAAUACAAGUUUGGUGCACUAGCCCACAAUGAAGAGUUUAUGCAAAAGGCUGUGACCGAAGCCGGUUGCACCGUUGUGAGCACUGAAACUCACAGAAGCAAAUUUAAAUCCCCUUUGAUCGAUUAUGAAUCAAUUGCCUACUUUGUGUGCCGUAAAGACCGAGUGGUUUAACUGGUCAGAUUCACCCUCAAUUUCAAUAAUGAUUCUAUCAUUAAUAUUGCAUUAAAUUUGAAUGA